AGUCGCACAGCUGCCUGCUAGGUGACUGGAGGUGUUGAUUAGUUCUCGCUGGGAUUUUGCUGAUGUGGACCCAACCCCACCUCCCUCCCCAACCUGUGAUGGCAGAAGGAACACAACAGAGCAAAUUGGUGGCAGCCAAGAAAAAGUUAAAAGAGUAUUGGCAGAGAAACAGCCCUGGUGUUCCAGCAGGAGCCAAGAGGAACAGGAAAACAAAUGGCAAUAUCCCUGAGACAGCCACUUCUGGUGGUUGCCCCUCACCUGGAGAUUCAGCAACAGGUAUCCACGGGGAGGGCCCUACAUCAUCUGCUACCCUGAAGGAUCUGGAGAGCCCAUGCCAAGAACAAGCAGUAGUCCUGGACUCCAGGUCUGUAAAAAUCAGUCAGCUGAAUAACACCAUCAAAUCACUGAAACAACAGAAGAAACAAGUGGAACAUCAGCUGGAAGAAGAAAAGAAAGCAAACAAUGAGAAACAGAAAGCCAAAAGGGAGCUAGAGGUUCAAAUCCAGAGAUUGAACAUACAGAAAGGGAAAUUAAAUACAGACCUGUACCACAUGAAACUUUCUCUCAGAUACUUUGAAGAAGAAUCCAAGGAUCUGGCUGUCUGCCUGCAACAUUCAUUGCAGCGUAAAGGAGAGUUAGAGCAGGCUCUCUCUGCUGUCACCACUACACAAAAGAAGGUGGACAAGUUCUCCAGCCGCAGUAAAGCACGUAUGGAGUGGAAGUUAGAGCAGUCCAUCCGGGAGCAGGCACUGCUGAAAGCACAGCUGACACAGGUGAGGGAAGGAGUCAAACAAGUCCAGCUACACAGAGAUGAAUAUGCUCAACAGAUAAAAGGAGAGAGGGCCCGGUGGCAGCAGAGGAUGAGAAAAAUGUCGCAGGAGGUUUGCACAUUAAAGAAAGAGAAAAAGCAUGAUACGCAUCGGGUAGAGAAGCUGGAGAGGAGCCUGUCCAAACUGAAAAACCAGAUGGCUGAACCCCUGCUCCCGGAGCCCCCAACAGUGCCUUCUGAAGUGGAGUUGCAGCACCUGAGGAAGGAACUAGAUAGAGUGGCAGUAGAGCUCCAGGCCCAGGUGGAGAACAAUGAGCGCCUAAGUCUCCUGAACGAGAGGCAAAAGGAGAGGCUUUGGGAGCAGGAGGAGAGGCUUCAGGAGCAGCAGGAGAGGCUUUGGGAGCAGGAGGAGAGGCUUCAGCAGCUGGCCGAGCCACAGAGCAGCUUCAAGGAGCUGAACAACAAGCACAAGAGCGCACUGCAGUUGAAGCAGCAAGUAAAGGAGCUACAGGAGAAGCUUGGUGAGGAGCGCCUGGAAGCUACCAGCCGGCAGAACCAGCAGCUAACAACCCAGCUGAGCCUCAUGGCUCUCCCAGGGGAAGGAGAUGGAGGAGGACAUCUGGACAGUGAGGAGGAGGAGGCACCUCGGCCCAUGCCAAGCAUCUCAGAGGACCUGGAGAGCAGGGACGCCAUGGUGGCGAUUUUCAAGUCCGCUGGAGCCAGUGUCCAGGAGGAGCAGGCACGGUUACAACAGCAGAGCGGCUUUAUGGACCACCUGGAGGAGAAGGCAGACCUGAGUGAGCUGGUGAACAAACAAGAACUUCGCUUCAUCCACUACUGGCGAGAGAGAUGCCGUCAGAAAAUCCAUCACGUUUUAACAGAGCCAGUGGGCAGUGCCAAAGAUGUGGCACUGGGAGGAGGACAUCAUCAGGCUGGCCCAGGACAGGGAGGAGAUGAAGGUGAAGCUGCUGGAGCUGCAGCAGAUGGUAUUGCAGCUUAUAGCAACUACAACAAUGGUCACAGAAAAUUCCUGGCUGCUGCCCAGAACCCUGCUGAUGAGCCCGGUCCAGGAGCCCCAGCCCCCCAGGAACUUGGGGCUGCAGACAAGCAUGGUGAUCUUUGUGAAGUGAGCCUCACCUCCUCUGCUCAAGGAGAGGCCAGGGAGGGUCCUCUCUAUGACAACCCUACCACACAGCCAAUCGUGCAGGACCACCAGGAGCACCCAGGCUUGGGCAGCAACUGCUGUGUGCCAUUCUUUUGCUGGGCUUGGCUGCUGAGAAGAAGGAGAUAAACAUCACCGUCAUCAAAGAGCUGCUCAAGAAAUUUUUAAAUAAGAAACCAAGUUAUGGGGUUAAUCUCCUACACAAUUCAUUUACUUCAUUUGAAUGUUAGAGUCACUCAUGAUUAUUUGUGUUUCUAAUUUAUAGUUUAAGUUUAUUUGUAAAAAGUUAAAAGAGAGUGGGUCUCUGUGGCUCUCACUGAUGUUCACUCUGGCAUCCUUUAGCAUUUUUCUUUUUUAAUUUCAUAAUUGUAGGUCAUUAGCAUGCAUAUCGAGUUUGCCCUUAUGUGGUGGGAGUUCAAACACACAAAGACCCACUCUUUGCAGAAAAUUGUUCUCGUUGGUUUGGAAUAGGCUGCCACGCUUCUUUAAUGUUAUUGCAGCAUGUAUAUUCACUACAGAAUUCAGACAAAAUUUGCCUAUGUUCUACUGUUGUUUGAUCUAAUCUUAAUCACAGUGAGCUCUUCAUUAGCUCAAUAUGUGGUUUGCCCCCAAGUGUGCACUGUUUAUUACUUUGUAAUAUGCCACUAUGAGUACUGACAUUUAGAGUUGUUUAAAGGCUGAGAACUCGAAACAGCCUUUCCUCCAUUUUCUGUGUGUUGGUGAUGGGAGUAAUAACCUUUUGGGGGAGCUUUUUAAAUCUCACAGAAGAGGAAAGUGGCCUCCUCUGGCAGGUAUGUGCAGGAUAGAGUGUGUUUCAUCUGUUCCGGUGCCAAGAAUUAGCGCUGUAUUGUGGUGGUUCCCUUAGGAUUUGUAUGUGCUCUGGGCUCAUGAAGAUAUUGCAUCAGGAGCUGCAGCAGUUGUACUCUUUUUCAAUGACCUUAAAAGGGAUUAUUUCUGAGGAAUGAAAGGUUCCCAUCAUUGACUGUGGAUGUGGAAAACCUUUCCUAGCUUAGAGCAUUUGUAUCUACAAUACAUUUUAAAGUCAGAGUUCAUGUUACCUGUUUUAAUCACAUGACUACAUGCCUCAGUUCACAAAAGGGUGCUGGUUGGCGUUCUUCUUAAUGUAUUUAGUAAAGAUCAUAAGAAAUCCUUUACGAGUUGAAAUGUCCCUGGAACAGGUAUACAGGCUCUGGUCAAGAAUGAAUUAGAGUGAAGGAAAGCUGUGUGGUGCCUGGCAUUCCUCUCUGUUCAUGGAGCUUCUUUGAGGCUUGAAGAUUGAUUUUACCAUCUAGACGUCUCUGGCUAAUACCUAUUCUUCAACCACCUUGGUUACUCUGACAUAGGAAUUUACUUCUUUUCCUUGAAUGGAAAACACUUUAAAAAAUAAUAGAAACAUUAUUAUAAACUAAUAUAUGUGAGAGUACUUAGGUGAAACAAAAAGGAGUUUUAGUAGACAGUAUUAUACUAUGUUUGAAAAUCAAGGAGAAGUUUAUGAAACUUAAAAUGUUUCCAAACUGCAGUGCAAUCUACUGUUUGUGAAUGUCAGUGUAUUAUCAGGAAACGUUUCUAUACAAUCACACAGUUAUAUUUUCUCACAGCCUUCUUUACAAAGAGUGAAAUAUGUUUUUGUACCUCUCGGUUUCAGUUAGGGACAUAUUUGGUGCAAUAUUUAUGUGAUUGUGCCUAUGCGUGAUGAAUGAAUGCAUUUCAGUCAUAUAUUGCCUAAAUCAUAACUUGAUGAUGCUUGGGAAAGACUCAACAGUUUAAACUUCAUGAAGUUCUAAUGUCUGUAUUCCAAAACACAUCACAUUAUUAGGAUGCAGGGAGAUAUGUAUGUGUGUUCCCUGGGGUGGGAUUUCUAGUUACUAGACCAUCUCGAUUUUUAGCAUUUGGCAUCCUCAUGAUACUUCUAUAAAUAUGACAUUAACAGGAGAGCAACAACAUGAUUUUACCUAUGGAAUAACAGAUUUGCCGGCAUUCAUUGAAAGAGGGCAAAUAUUCGGUCCUUGUGACUUCAACUGACUCUUCCAAAUUUUAUGAAUGUAUCAAUGUAUUAGAUAAACCCAGUUUCAGAAUGAUAAAGAAAAAAUGUUAGACCAAAUAAUGCGGCUA